AUGAGAGGACUCAGUGUUCUCAUUCUAGCCACCAUAGCUUAUUCACCUCCAUCUGCAGCCAAGCGCGUCUUCUACAAUGCAGGCAAUCUUGAAGGCUGGGGCUAUAUUCUCAAGGAAAACAAGGGCACUGUCGAGCUUGACAAAGACAUCGCAAACAACGGCAACACCUCGAUCAAGAUGACUCAGACUUAUACCCCCGGUUAUCAAGGCCGCUAUCACUCUGAGGUCCACCAUAAUAACCGGGGAUAUAAACGCAAUGACGAAUUCUUCUACGGCUUCUCAUUUCGACUGAUGGAGGACUGGGACUUUCAAAACCAGUCUUACAAUUUGGCCCAAUUCAUUGCUAAUCAUGAAGGGGCUGGUCACGGUAAUGAUGACUGGAAGCCAUCGUCGCUGUUCUGGCUUGAGGAGGAUUAG